UUGUGAUAUAACUAAAGUGUGGUCGGACAAGUGCAGUCCCUCAAAAUUGUUUUUAAUAUAAAUCAGCUCUAGUUUAUUCACCAAAAUCUAAAACUGAUGAAGGGACAUAUAACUCUUCGGACUCACUUAAACUACUAUAGUCAUGUCCUAAUGAUCAUCCUUUCUUUUUAUUUAAAUUAAUAAACAAAAGAAUUCAGAAAUGUGAUAAGAUAGAUGUAAAAUAUUAAUAAUGUUAGGAACUUUAUUAAUAAAAAAAAAAAGUUAGGAACUUUAUUAGUAUGGAAUCGAUGAGAGGUGUGACUCAUAGCAGAUUGGUACCUACAAAUUUCAUUGUGCUGACAACGUUUAUUCAUAUUAUUUUUGGGGGGUGGAAGGGUUGGUCAAACAUGAGAAACUAGAAGGCAAGAUAAAAAAAAGGCAGAAGCAUGCAUAUGAUGGAAGCCAAAAAGGCAUGUGAAUUCAACCUUCUUCCAGACUUUUACUGAACUUAUCUACAAUUACAGUCUACAUUAUAUGAAUUAUGCAGUUUUAUUUAAAUCAGAAAUCACUACUUUGAUUUACCAUAUAUAAAUAUAAAGAUGUUAGCAAGAACACAUGGCAACUUGUAGUUUCUAUACAUCAAGAACACUGACAUUCCUGAUGUUAGCUACUAGCUAGCAAGUAAAUGCUGGUUGUGCAACUAUAUCAAAAUUAGCAGUGCCUCUUUUUCAAAGAAAAGGUCAUUCCAAGCAUAUUGAUGACUCCUUUAUUUCUAUUUUUUGUAUGAAUUUUUGCGUAAUUUAUAUAUCCUCCACUGAACCUAGGAUAAAUGAUUACACAAAAUUCUAUCCUGAUUAUAUAUUCCACUCAUAUAAAUGUAUUUGCCUAUAUCGAUGCCCUACUUGGAUUGCGUUCCAAACAAAAUAUUCCAAUUUCUGUAUGAUCAUAUUGAUAAUGAUAUUUUAAGUAGCUUGUUUAAAGAGAUUGAUCAGAGAAUUCAAGCAUAAAUUAAAAUGGAAUAUAAUGGAAAAUCACCGGCCAUAUCUAAAACAUUCGACCUCAUCUCAAUGUUACUACUUGCUCAAUGCUCACAUAAUGUUGGCAGCGUCAAAGUUUUUAUUCGGCGCUGUUCUAUAAAUCACAAUGAAUCAUAUAUUUUAUGCACAUCUAUUUAGAUAGUGGACGAUUUUUGAAGACACAGCUAGCUAGUGUAACUGUAUAAUUAAGACGUUAUUGCGGUAAUAGCCGACAAGAAUGAUAUAAUAUCUAUUACCAACAAUUCCUUUAUUCUAUUAACCUAAUUAACUGAAAAUGUCAAAAAUAUUCCACACUUUAUAUUGUUUAAAAACGCUGAUAAACAUAUUUAAACUUUAGUAAAUAUCAUAUUAUUAGAAAAGCUAACUUAACCAUGGCUAUCAGUUAUACCAUCAGUUACUUUGUUCUCAUUUGGAAUAUAGAAUAAAUAAAUAAUAAAAUGUACCAAUCAAAUGUAGAGCUCACCUUCUAUAAAUAGUCUGCAUGCAUCUUACUCUUUUCCACAUCCCAACCAACUCACACACUAUCUCUCUAACUAAGAAAGACAAAAUGCAAUACAAAACCGAAACUCGGGGCUCGCUGUCCUGUAAUAAGGUGAACAACAUGGCAGUCUUUCCAUCGGAGACACUUGUUAGGAUAGAGUCCAUGGCUGCAGAAAAUGCGGUGGUUAUAUUCAGCGUGAGCACUUGCUCCAUGUGCCACGCCAUGAAGCGUCUCUUCCGCGGAAUGGGAGCCAGCCCUGCCGUCCAUGAGCUCGACCUCCUCCCUUAUGGCGUCGAUAUCCACCGAGCCCUCCUUCGUCUCCUUGGCUGCUCCAGCCCCACUUCCCCGGGGGCACUUCCGGUGGUAUUCAUCGGUGGGAAGAUGGUAGGAUCAAUGGAGAGAGUGAUGGCUUCACAUAUCAACGGCUCACUUGUUCCUCUUCUCAAAGAUGCUGGUGCUCUCUGGCUCUGACCCCAUGUCCACCUUCUUCUGCGUUUUCCUUUUCCUUUUUCUGUUUGUUACUUUCUUUGGUUCCAAGAACACAAAAGAUAUGAGGUUAAUCUUAGUGUUGAAUUAGAGUUUGAGGGGAGAAGAGUGUGCGUUUGUUUUAAGCUUAGCUCAUUAAUUUGUCUCUCUUAAUCACACUAAUGUUUAAUAUGUAAUAUAGUAAUCACUGUCUCUGGAUAGCGUUCUUUAUAUAUAGCUACCCAAAUCUCAACCGUAAUAACUUUUAACUGCAGGUA